GGAAUCGAUUUUCCCCGUUUUCCAGCGACUGCAGGCCGACGCCGCACCGACGGCAACGCGAGUCGAGGGGCGCAAGGAGACAACAGAGACACGCGGCCGAGUCGAGAAAAUCGGGAUCUCUGAGGCAGAAAGGCGAGUGCUGGAACAGAGGAAAAAUCUUGUUCGACUCUUGUCACAAAGGACUAGAAAGGAGCGCGAAGGCUGGACUCUGGUCACUCUUCCCCAGAGCCAGGCGCUGAGGCUCCAGCGGAAAAAGUACGAGGAAAACGCUCACAGCUCAGCUAGCUCGACGCAAAUGAAGAACGGCCUUCUGUUCUUUCUUGAUUCUCUUCCUCCUCCUCUUAUUCCCAACUCUUUCCUUCACUGCCUCUCAUGCGGUCGACUUCCUCCUCGUGGCUUCCCGCGCCCAUCCAGUGUAUGGACACCACCAACUGGACGUACACCCCAUCUGCAGCGUACUUAAAAAAAACUCCACAGAGCAGAUGUUAUUCCACAAACUCUGCCCUUACAAUUCUAUAUUUACAGUUCUAUAUUUACAGUUCCAUAUCUAUACAUCCAUAUGUCAAAUAUAUAUAUAUAUAUAUAUAUAUAUAUAUAGUUUCAAGUCCGUGAAAAGUUUGUGAAGGUCUGAUCCAAGAAGUCUUCUUUUUCUCGCCGUUGUCUUUUCUGCAAGGGAGACAGAAGGCGAAAAUGAGGUUCCUUUCACCACCCCCGAGGCCUUUCUGUUGGGCCGGUCACGGCUGGAGACUCGCGAUGCGUCGCGUUUUCCUCAGCUGGCUUCACCGAGAGAAGACUUGUCGACUCUGUCUUCACCCUCGCGUCUCAGACUCGAAUGUCGAUCUCGGUUCUCCUGUCUCUUUUUCGGACUGUCUCGAGUAUUCUCCUCUCUCUCAGUCUCCCGUGUCUUCCUCCAGCCUUUUCGCCUUUUCCUCUCCCGCCGCUUCUGCCCGCUUCUUCUCUUCCAGGCCGCACAAAUGGCAUGAAUCCAGCAGGCCUUCUUCUUCUUCUUCUUCUCGUUCUUCGUCUUCUGCUCCUUCCUCGUCAUUUCCUGCGUCGUCGCCGACGCGUCCAGACGAGGCGGGAGGUCGAGAAGAAAUGGAAAAGUUGAGGACGUUCGGAAUUUUCGCGCACAUAGACGCAGGGAAGACGACGACCACGGAGGCCUUCCUCUUGGAGGCCGGGCAGAUCGCGAGGAAGGGCAGCAUCGACGACGGAACAACGACGAUGGACUUCAUGGCGCAGGAGCGCGAGCGCGGCAUCACGAUUCAGUCUGCUGCCACUUGCUUCCCUUGGAGAGAAGAGUUCUUCCAGCUCAUCGACACCCCAGGGUACCCAGCUUUCGGAGCCGUUUCGUUCCUUCUCCUCCUUGCCUCUCUCUCGACCGUCUUCGUCUCUCUUUGCCCGCCUGUUCCUCAGCCUUCUCCUUCUCUCCUCAUCUCUCUUUUUUUGCUCUCUCGCUUGCGUCCUUUGCUCCACAGCUUCUCUGCCUCAGUCUUCGCUUCACAUUCUUGCGCCGGGCUGCGCGUCUCCCGGGCACCAUCUGCCCUUCGAGGCGUUUCUCCUUCGUUGCGUUUCUCCAGCUCUCCUUCUUUCUCCUUCUUUCUCCUCUUUUUCUCCUCUUUUUCUCCUGUUUCCCCCCUGCCGGCUCGUUUUUGUGUUUUUUUUCCAGGCACGUGGACUUCUCUGCUGAAGUUCAGCUCGCACUCUGCGCAGUCGACGGGGCCUGUGUGCUGCUCGACGCCUCGCGGGGGGUCGAGGCGCAGACGCGCGCCAUUUGGAAGGCUCUGACUACCCACAGUCAAACGGCGAAAAUCAUUUUCGUCAACAAAAUGGACCGCGACGGAGUCGACAUGGAUGCAUGCCUCGAGGCAGUGCGCCAGCGUCUGAACGCGUGGCCGUUGCAGGUGAACGCAGUCUACCAAGUUCCGCGAGCAGUAUGGAGCAACUCAAACUCGCGCGAGAAGAGAAAAACGCACUCUGUCGCUCCACAGGCGAUCAUCGACUUGACGGACUUCUGCACUGCGCUCUACCCUCCCGUCUCCAGUUUCCUCGACGCGUCGUCUCUCCCCGUCUUCUACUCACCUCCUCCUCACGUACUCGCCUCUCUCCUCUCUUCUGCUCCUUCGUCUUCUCCUUCGUCUUCUCCUUCUGUGUUUCCUUCUUCUCCUCCUUCGUCUCCUACUUGGGCGUGGUGGAACGACCCGCGGAUUUCGGCGGAUGUGAAGAAUCGGCGCGAGAGGCUCGUGGAGGAUUUGUCUCUCCUGGACGACGCCUUCGAGCAGUGUGUCGCCGCAGGCACCGCGAGUUGCAUGCAGAGCGCAGCAUGCGGAAGCCUUCCGGACCCCCGUGACGCGCAGGCACAGCGAGGAGAGCGAGGAGAGCGAGGAGAGACAGAGGCGACUGCUUCGGAGUUGCUGGCGUUCAGAGACGAGAUGCGGGCGGCUCUGCGACGAACUGCGCUCCAGAACUUAGCGGUCCCCGUGCUCUUCGGAUCCUCGUUCUUCAGCCGAGGCGUCACGCAGCUCUUGGAUGGAAUUUCCGCGUUCCUCCCGUCUCCCCUGGACCGGCCGCCUUUGCCGCUUGUCGCGAGCACCCGAAAGGCUCCGACGCCGCCCUCGCGUCCGUCGUGCUUCUCUUCUUGCGGGAGAUUUCUGUCGCCGGACCGCCAGGCGGCAGCCGCCUGCGUCGCGUUCAAAGUUUACCCCGACGGCAAAGGCGGAAGAAUUGCUUUUGUUCGCGUCCUCGCAGGCCGAAUCACACCCCGCACAUCUCUCUUCAACUCCACGAAGAACUGUUUAGAGUCUUCUUCUUCUCUUCUGCAACUCUUUCGAGUGAAGGCUGACGCUUAUCACUCCGUUGCCGCUCUGUCGAGCGGAGACAUUGGAGCCAUCCGCGGUCUCUCCGCCGUCACGGCCGGCGACGUUCUCCACCUCGCGUCGGCUCCUUCUUUUGUUCUGCCUCUUCUCUCCCCCUUUCAUCGGCCUUCUCUCUGCUCGUCUACAAACGCUGCCUCGCCGCUUUUCCCCCCUCCCGAGACUCCAGGUCACACAUCCGCCGCGUCGCCUUUCUCUCCGUCUGCGCCUUUCUCUCCGCCUUUCUCGGUUCGGUCGUCUGCGCCUUUCUCGUCAGCCUUGCACAGUCUGAGUCCUGUGUGUUUCACGAGCGUUGCAUGCAGAAACGCGCGAGAAGAGACAGAGAUGGCAGAGGCUUUGGCAGCUGCGAGCCUCUCCGACGUCGCGUUGAAGUUCGAGAAAGACGAAGCCGGCAAAUUCGUUUUGUGGGGCUUGGGGGAGCUCCACCUGCAAGUGAUCCAGGCGCGGCUGAGAGACGAAUUCGGUCUCUCGGUGGAAUUCGGACCUCUUGAAGUCGCGUAUCGAGAGCUACUGCUGCAUCCCGUUCGGGGAUCGCUCACGUAUUCUCCUUCGUCUUCUUCAGCCUUCGACAUUGCCUUCUCUCUGCUUCCUCUGCCACUGACGCCUCCAGAGCAGCGGCUCUCUGCUCUGCUUUCGAGCCGGGAAGACCCAGGCUUCGUCGCGCUCUGUCGCGCAGCCGAAGAAGUUGAGGCCAUUCCUUUUCCUUCUCUCUCGUCUUCUCUCACUCACCAGACUCACCUUUUGUUCUCCCUCUCUCCAGAAGCCGCUGACCAACUGCAGACCCUCGAAGAUGCGCAAAAGAACGCGCGUCGCGCCAAAUGUCCUGGAAAAACGCCUCGAAUCGCUUCGCUUUCUUCUUCCACGCAUUCGGCGCCUUCUCCGUCUUCUUCGCUGUUGUCUGAAAGUGUGUUGUUGAGGGCCAUUCAAGAGGCAGCGUAUCAUGCGUCGGGAGCCGGACCUCUGUUGUCGUAUCCCUUGGACUUCCUUCACAUUCGUUUGGAGUCUGUUGCUGUGCGAGACGGUUCGGCGCAGCUCUCGCCUUCGUCGCUCUCUGCGGCCUCUGCGCAGCUGCUGCGUCUGCUUCUCAGGACUGGACGGGGACAGUCUCUGCGGCAGGCGCAAGGCGAAGAGACAGAGAGUUUCCAGGACGCGUCCGGAGACCCAGAGGCUCUGCGCGACCGCGUCGCGAUGCUGGAGCCGGUGAUGCACAUGGAAAUCUGUUCGCCUUCGCAGAGUCUGGGACCUCUAAUGAGAGACCUCACCCAGCAGAGAAGAGCCUCGAUCGUCUCGAUCGCGGCCGCCGGCAAGGAGAGCGCGACAGGCGAGGAGUCUCACGAGGACGCAAAAGACUGGCGACAGUUCCAGAUAAGCGGAGAGGAAGACAGUGCCAUGAUGGAACUGCAUGCAGUGGUCCCCCUCAGGUGCAUGGAGAGCUACUCGUCGGUGCUUCGCGCGCUUUCUCACGGCCAAGCACACUUUCAGAUGAGGCCUCUCGGGUACGGCCGAGUGUCUGCGCUCGACGAAGAGACCCUGCUGGCAGAAGCUGGAAUGGUUCCUUCCUCCUUUUGAAAGCAGGAAGACAGAGCCUCCUCUGUGAGUUUCAAGAGCGAGUUGCGUCUCCAUGCAUGUCGAAAGAGCCAGAAGACCCAGGAAGGAAAAGACGCUUGUCGCGGUAGCAUCGAGCAACGCAGGAGUGCAAGAAGAAGCGAACAGGCGCCGCUGAAGCCCUCUGUCAACCAGGGAAACAUCGGCGCCUUCUCUGAGUUCUUUUCUUUCGCGCGCGUGAACACAAGUGGACGCACAACUAUAAAUGGAUUUUUUCGAGUAUCUGUCUGCAACCAUAUAGUACAAGCCCGCGCACAUCGACCAUGUACUUCUAUCAUUAUGUAAAUGCAUGUAGUUUUUUCCAUAUAUAUAUAUAUAUACAUAUAUAUGUAUAUGUAUAUAUAUGUAUAU